UUGUCAAAACGUCAUCCAUUCGUUCGUCAGACAGCAGACGCAUUUUCAAUUUUCUGUUAUAAUAACAAACACGCCUGUGUUUUUAUACGCAGAUACAGUAUACACAAUUUCGACAUGUGCUGAAGUAAAUACCUAUUAAAAUUCGACAUCCAAUUUACGAUCAUGUUUUUAUGACACCCUCGUCAUAAGGAGGCGAUAUUGGCAAAAUGUCGAAGGCCGUAAUCAUACCUGAAUGUAACAAGAAUUUUGGAGGGAUGAAGGAUGAGAUUUCUAUUUCGCCGACGGAUAAAAAAGACGGAGCGAUAGGUUUGUUUAGCAGGCUUCUACGUUUCGACUCCCUCAAAAGAAACCCUGCACCGGAGAGUCCUACGAAUACGGAACCGCCUACAACAUAUUACGGAGUGUAUAUACCGUGUGAAAUCAAAAAAGGCCCAGACGAAGAAGCACUUCAUGUGUACAAGAACAAGUCGGAGGCCCUGGAGCUGGUUCGUCGCUACAAGCUAGCGAGGUUCAAAGCAUUCCAGAACCGUCAGGAUGCUGUCUCCUUUGCAUUACGAGGUGCCGAGCCAGUGGAUACUGUUGAUGGGAAUGACAACUCUGUCGUGGGAGAGAAGCCGUACCCUUUCAAAGCGCCGUCUCCGCAGGACAUGGUGUCGCUGCGGAAGAACAUUGAGGCCGGACACACGGCCAACGUGCGCGAGCGAGUGUGGGAGAACCCCCGCUUCCUCGUCAGCAGCGGCAACACACCUUCCAUCAUGCAUGAAGGUACCCGCUACAACGCAAUGCACGUGGCGGCUAAGUCAGGCAACGCGGAGAUGUGCAACAUGCUGCUGACUACGGUCGGCGACCCAUCCUUCGUGCAGACAUUGUAUGGAGCUGAUGCAGACUCCGAAUCUUGCAAGGAGUUCGCGGCGAUCCUGCUCGACCGCUACCUCAACACACCUGACAAGUCGAUGAACGAGACUCCGCUGCACUUCGCGGCCAAAUUUGGCGCGGAGGAAGUCGUGGACGUGCUGACCUCCUUCCCGCAGUGCAACCGCGCCGCCGUCAACAAGUUCGGGGAGCAAGCUAAAGAUAUAAUAUGCAAGCGGGCGUCUACUACCGUCCCGGAGACGAGCGGCCGCAUCGCGUCGAUGUUGCGGGAGCGGUACUACGUGCCCGUGUUGCACUGCGAGGACGGCAGCGAAGUGCCCACCAUUGGUAGGCCCUUCAGCCCUGCGCAGCCUCCGGACAUAAACGUAGACCCUUUGACGCCCCGCUACGAAAUUCGUGCAUUCGCGGGUCCCAUGGAGGCCGCCCGCGCGGAGAGCUUCCGCCGGAAGUGGAAGACCCCGCCGCGCGCCGCGCACCCCCACCCGCGCGCCCUCGCCCCGCCCACCUUCCGCCUCCGGGAGAUGACCAAGGGGCUCGAGGCUGUCGGCAGAAAUUUAGCGGAAGAAAUGAACGUCGGUUGGAAAGAGUACUGGCCAUUCCUGGACACCUUCACAGACCUUCGGACACCUGAAGGGCUGGCCCUUUUGGAGAACUACCUCCGGGCCAAAUACGAGGAUGCUUGCUCCUUCGCCUACAGCGACAGCUGCGUGGAACACUCGCCCGUUGAACUCUCCAUCUCCAGGCUGAGCCUAGGAAACAUAUCUCAAAUCAGCCCGAUAAAAGAUAACAUGAGCCCCAUGUCUGAACUGUGUGUCGCGUUGAAAACCUGCAAAAUAUCCUCGGACAAACCACAUUGGAGGAAAACUGAUCCUAUGAGACAACGGCUCUGCAGACAACCGAGCAUCAAACACACUAUAGAGAAUGGAAUGGAACCCUCACCUGUGAUAAACCAUACUGUGAACCAACUCUUGUGUAUAGAAAGGACGUGCCAAGUGUUCGCGAAACGUAUCGCAGACGCCUUAGUGUUCUCGUUAACCGCUGAACCUGAAGUGGCAGGCGAUUCGUUGAAAUCGGAAGCGAAGCAUUUACAACAUACGAUGUACACGUACAUGGACGACGAGAGGUUUAAGAAAAUUGAUUUCGCUCUCAUACAUUCCCGACUUGCGCAAUUGGUCGUGUACAAACUAAAACAGCAAACGACGGAUCUGGACGAUAUUAACAAUUUAGUGGAGUUUUUGAUAAAACUGAGGUGUCCUAACGACGAUAUAUUCAGUUCGGACGACGAAAGGAAGCCAAUGUAUAGAGAUAGGAUUAGUAGGGUAAAAAUGACGUACGUGAUUGACGGUCACGUUAGAUGUGUAGCUAGUUUUAUAUGUGAAGAGUUGACGGAAACGGAUACGACGAAAGGGCCAGCGGUGUCCGAGGUCGAGUGUAUAGAGAUUUGGGAGAAGGCGGCGAAGUGUCGCUGCGACUGGAAGAUUGAGGCGUUUGAAAGGAACAGCAAGAAAAACGCGUCGUUUAGGAAGAAUCGAUCGAUUUUGUCCACUAGUCCGAAAAGCGAUGGUUUUAUAAGGAGGUUAACGUUUGAUUAUGAUAUAGGCGACGGCGCGAGCGCACGCGCACGCGCACGCAGCUCGGCGCCGCCGCGCGCCGACAACUCCCCGGCCGGGGACUCCGCGCCGCUACACUCCCCGCUGUCCGCCCCGCUACACGCCCCGCUCACCAAACUCUACGCGCUCGAUGUCUCCAACUGCCAGCUUGUCGCCGCUGAGAUAUCGGAGGACGAAUCAGUGGCAUCGUGCCAGUCUGAACAGUCUGAUGAAGAGGAUUUCCUCACGGCGUCAGAAUAUUCCGACAGGGAGGACAUGGAGGAAGCCAGCGAGGCCGCCAUUGCUGAACCAUUCAUAUACGGUGAUCAGCCCAGCAAGAUGGACCGGCUGGUGUACGAGGCAGUGAGCCAGUGCGCGGUGGACCGUGAGCUGUUCCCCAGCGUGUACCGCUGGCGGCACACUGUGGCGCUCUACUCGCCCGCGGCACGGGACACAUGGAAGCCGUCAGAAUCCCUCGAUCGCAGCAGUAUAUGUGGCGAGUCGCAGCGCGCGGCCACACUGAGCUCCACGCCCAACAAGACCUCGCACGCCGACACGGGACAUAGAGCUCCUACUUUACAGGUUUCAAACUGGUUACGAGUGACUGGUCCUAACUCCCCGCGAUCGGUUCUCGCCGCCAAGAAUGUCGGCCACAACGUCAGCUUCGGCUUUUAAGCUCCGUAACUAUAUUUUAAUUCGAGACUCACACAUCAAAUCAACGAAUCGCUUCACUGACAGUUAUUUUUGUAAGAAUCAAACGAGAUUCGAAAAAUCUUGCGUCUUUGGCACGAUUCUUUGAUGUGAUUUAAAAAAUCUCAUUCUAUACUGCCCUAUAGCGAUUGGAUGAAAAACACGAGACAUAAUACUUUUAAAUAAUAGUAAAUUAAUUAAUACGAAAUAAGUAUAUGUAGUUGUAUCGUGUUUUGAAAUGUCCAAUUUGUAAUUUGUUGAAUGCCUGUGUGAAAAUGAAAAACUAAACGUGAAACGAAAAUGUCACGAAAAAUAUUAUUUUCGACAUUAAUUUACAUAAUUUGAGUAUUAUAAUAACUAAUUGAUAUGAUAGAGAUAUUUACGUAACGUUUUAAAUGUUUGACGAAUAUAAUUGAAUAUAUUUUGUGUAAUUGUGUUUACUGUUAGUUGACUAUAUUUUCUCAUAUUCAACAAUUGUGAAAUUAUUUCAAACUUCUCAAUCGGCUGUAUGGGAUUUUCUAAUAUAUAAGGUUUUUUUAAUUUCAGGUUUUCGUUUGGUUGGUUUCAAUGCCUAAUUAACAGUUAUAAUUUACUAAUUUCGCACAAAUACAAAAAAUGUUGAUACACGAUUUAAAAUCUCGUGCAGUCGACUAAGAAUGAGUAGUAACAGUUUCAGUAUAAUUUUAUAGUCUCAAUAUUUGUAUCAUACUGACUUGCGAGUUACAUAUUGGUUGUAUGUAUAUUGUUUGAGUAGAUAUGUUAAUUUAAAUUUUAUUUUAAUGUUAGCCGGUAGCUAUUCCAUAGCGGCAAUGUACGCGACAAUAACUCCACUAGGUUCUGUUUGAACGUCACGGGCGUCAUUUGAGCAAAUAUUUACAACUGAAUAUUUUUUUAUGAAAGAAAUGUCGAAAUAAAAACUGACGAUGUCGUGUUUAUGGUUUACGACUGCGCAGUAAACGAUAUAGGUAUAGGUUUUUUUUGCUAUUGCGCGGGCAAGGUAUAGAUAUGUCACUAUCUUCGAGAUUACCUCGUGUAUUUUAUGAAAACUUGAUAAUAUUUGCUCUAAAUAUUGUUGUAUAUCUGUGACGUUCAAUAGAAUAUAAUUAUAUAUAGCAUUUAUUUGUUAAACCUGACAAUUAUUAACAGUGGUCAGAAUAGGUUGAGAAAUAUUUAUCUAAACUUUGAACAUAAUACAAAUAGAUCUUCUGAAUAUAGUGAGUCCUAUGUUUAUUUUAAAGGUGCUAUUCAGAAUAAUUAAGGUCAGAUGUCUUUGUAUAGAAAGUAUACGCAAGUGAAAUAUUAUUAGUAAAUGACGGCGCCUCAUAUACUACUUUAUUUCGUUAUUGUUACCGCAGGACAUGUGUAUAUUUGUUCAAAAUUUAGGUGAAAAAAAAAAGUAGGUCGAUAUUAUAUAUUCGAAACACUGUGUUACGUUGCCAAAAAGUGGUAAGUGGAAUGUUGCACUGAUUUACGAACGUUUGUACUUUUAUAUUUAAAAAGAACGGAAGCGAAAAAAAUGUAAAAUAUGUAUGUUUUAUAUGAUACGUUUUAAUUCAAUAGACAUUAUAAAAAUAAAUUAUGACCGGUUCA